CCGAGGCGCAGUCGGACACACGAGACAGGAAGCGCGGUAGCUCGUGUCAGGGCCCGCGACCGGGAACAGGAGUCGGGUGGCGCGCGGAGGCGAGCGAGGAAUCAGCACCAUGGCGGAACAGGAUGUGGAAAACGAGCUUCUGGAUUACGAGGAAGAUGAAGAGCCCCAGGCUCCUCCAGAGAGCGCUCCAGCUGCCCCCAAGAAAGAUGUCAAGGGUUCCUACGUUUCCAUCCACAGCUCUGGCUUCCGGGACUUUCUGCUGAAGCCUGAGCUCCUGAGGGCCAUAGUGGACUGUGGCUUCGAGCAUCCAUCCGAGGUCCAGCACGAGUGUAUUCCACAAGCCAUCCUGGGCAUGGACAUCCUGUGCCAGGCCAAGUCAGGGAUGGGCAAGACAGCGGUUUUUGUGUUGGCCACCCUGCAGCAGAUUGAGCCCGUCAACGGACAGGUGACGGUCCUGGUUAUGUGCCACACUCGAGAGCUGGCCUUCCAGAUCAGCAAGGAGUAUGAGCGCUUCUCCAAAUACAUGCCCAGCGUCAAGGUGUCUGUGUUCUUCGGGGGCCUCUCCAUCAAGAAGGAUGAAGAGGUGUUGAAGAAGAACUGUCCCCAUGUCGUGGUGGGGACGCCGGGCCGGAUCCUGGCACUUGUGCGGAACAGGAGCCUCAACCUGAAGAAUGUGAAGCACUUCGUGUUGGACGAGUGUGACAAGAUGCUGGAGCAAUUGGACAUGCGGCGGGACGUGCAGGAGAUCUUCCGCCUGACACCCCACGAGAAGCAGUGCAUGAUGUUCAGCGCCACCCUGAGCAAAGAGAUCCGGCCUGUCUGCAGGAAGUUCAUGCAAGACCCCAUGGAGGUGUUUGUGGACGACGAGACCAAGCUCACGCUGCAUGGGCUGCAGCAGUACUAUGUCAAACUUAAGGACAGUGAGAAGAACCGCAAGCUCUUUGACCUCCUGGAUGUGUUGGAGUUUAACCAGGUGGUGAUAUUUGUGAAGUCAGUGCAGCGCUGCAUGGCCUUGGCCCAGCUCCUCGUGGAGCAGAACUUCCCAGCCAUUGCCAUCCACAGGGGCAUGGCCCAGGAGGAGCGCCUGUCACGUUAUCAGCAGUUUAAGGACUUCCAGCGGCGGAUCCUGGUGGCCACCAAUCUGUUUGGCCGAGGAAUGGACAUUGAGCGUGUCAACAUUGUCUUCAAUUAUGACAUGCCCGAGGACUCAGACACCUACCUCCACCGCGUGGCCCGUGCGGGUCGCUUUGGUACCAAAGGCCUGGCCAUUACCUUUGUGUCUGAUGAGAAUGAUGCCAAAAUCCUCAAUGAUGUCCAGGACCGGUUUGAAGUGAAUGUGGCAGAGCUUCCAGAAGAAAUAGACAUCUCCACAUACAUUGAGCAGAGCCGGUAACCACAUGCCCGGAUGUCCCGGAGCCUCCCUGCUUCCCACGUGUUGCUUCAAGUCGUCUUCCUAGGUGACAGUGGGCCUUUCUUUUUACUGUUUAAAAGCUGUAGAUUUGUGUAAGAAUAAAUUUUUAUCAUGGAA